GGCGCGUGUGCUAGCGCUUCCGGGCGGUAGCACGCUGUGUUGGCGGCGGCUCCCCGUCUCCCUCAGCUGCAGCAGCAGGAAGCUGGGUGGCAAGCCGUUGUAGUCCUGUGCGAUGGCGUCUCGAUACGACAGGGCGAUCACUGUCUUCUCCCCAGACGGACACCUUUUUCAAGUUGAAUAUGCCCAGGAAGCGGUGAAGAAAGGAUCCACCGCGGUCGGAAUUCGAGGUACCAAUAUAGUUGUUCUUGGGGUAGAAAAAAAAUCUGUUGCCAAGCUUCAAGAUGAAAGAACUGUGAGGAAAAUUUGUGCCCUUGAUGACCAUGUCUGCAUGGCUUUUGCAGGACUUACUGCUGAUGCUAGAGUAGUAAUAAACAGAGCCCGUGUGGAGUGCCAGAGCCAUAAGCUUACAGUUGAGGACCCAGUCACUGUAGAAUACAUAACUCGCUUCAUAGCAACUUUAAAGCAGAAAUAUACCCAAAGCAAUGGACGAAGACCUUUUGGUAUUUCUGCCUUAAUUGUAGGUUUUGAUGAUGAUGGUAUCCCAAGAUUGUAUCAGACAGAUCCUUCUGGUAAUUACCAUGCUUGGAAGGCAAAUGCAAUAGGCCGAAGUGCUAAAACUGUUCGAGAAUUUCUAGAAAAGAAUUACACAGAAGAUGCCAUAGCAAGUGACAGUGAAGCUAUCAAGUUAGCAAUAAAAGCUUUGCUAGAAGUUGUCCAGUCUGGUGGAAAAAACAUUGAACUUGCUAUAAUAAGAAGAAAUCAACCUUUGAAGAUGUUUGGUGCAAAAGAAGUUGAAUCAUAUGUAACUGAAAUAGAAAAGGAAAAGGAAGAAGCAGAGAAGAAAAAAUCAAAGAAAUCUGUCUAAUUCCUAGGGUGACCACUGGGAGGUCUUAAUGUUUUGUUUUAUUGUACUGCCUGAGGUUGUUUAGUGAAAUUUUAGAGGAAAACAGUUAUUUUGCAGCAUUACAUGUAGUACUUGUGUGAUGUUUUGAGAAUGCCAGAUCUGUGGCUGUCUUCAUUCUAUUGUAUAGUCAAACAUAGGUUUAUGUGAAGAUUUUCCUUGAAAGGGGAUUUCAGUAAUUGUUGAGAGCAGUCAUAAUUCCACAUAAACCUGAGACUCUAUAAUUUGUCCAGUGUCUUACUUAUCUUCAUAUAUGCAAAUAUAAUUUAAAAAAAUUUUUUAAUUAAAAAAUUUUAAUAAUUUGGUGAUGUUUGAGUAUUGACUGUCAGUUAAGGACAUAGCUAUUCCAAAUAAACUAAAUAUAAUAUUGAGUUGCA